AUGGCUGCGGUGGGGCGCGCAAGCGCCAAUGGCGACCAAAACGGGGGCCUCGCUGCAAAGACUCGUUUCUCCGAUAUCCCUACCAUACUCGAUGUCCCCGUCGCAGAUGCAGGUGGAGAGGCUGUCGAAGUCCAUCUUGGAGAACAUUUGGACGACCCGACCGAGCUGUGCCAACUGCUUGAAAAUGAGAGAGCAUCAAAGAGUCUAUGGAUCACUAUUGCCUUAGCAUACGCGAAACAAUUACAGCUCGAUCACGCACUCGGAAUACUCUAUAGCGGUCUAUCUACGCUUGCCUCGAAGGACCGUCUCAACCUGCUAUCUGGUCUUGCUUGGCUACAACUGCUGAAGAGUAGGCAAGCACCCCGUAUCAAGCCCAGCAACAAUCCCUCGGCAGAUGUCAAGUUGAAAGAUGACUAUCUCAAGGAUGCCACCAUGACGCUCAAUGAAGCCGGCCGCAUCAACCCUGGAUUUCCUCCUCUUCUGCUUACCAGAGGUGUACUAUUCCUUUUACGAGCCGCCCUGGUAUCCUCAACACGGCCCAGUGCUGAAGGCGAGCGAGCCGACUGGUUGAAGCAGGCGCUCCGAAGUUUUGAAGAUGCGCUGCGUGCGUCUGACAACCGAAAUGUGAUGGCGAUGCUCGGAAAAGCAAGAGUGCUGUACAUGCAGAACCGAUAUCAGCAGGCUCUUGAAUCAUAUCAGAAAGUCCUCUCCCGGAUGCCAUCGAUGAGCGAUCCUGAUCCGCGGAUAGGAAUUGGCUGCUGUCUGUGGCAGCUUGGUUUCCACGACCGGGCCAGCAAAGCAUGGGAACGAUCGAUCGAGCUGAAUCCCGAGUCUAAGGUCGCACACGCACUCUUGGGUGUUUACUACCUUCGAGAGAGCGCAAAAUAUCCUGCUUCGAAUCCGAACUUCGACAAACUGUACAGGAAGGCCAUGCUCGAGCACAUCAAUAAGGCAUACAAGAUUGACAAGUCCUUCCCCAUCAGCUGUGCCGUCUUUGCCAGUUAUUUCCUCCUCAGCAAUCGAUUCGAGGCUGUGGAGCCACUGGCUCGGAACGCAAUCGAGAAGACCGAUGUCAAUUCGAUUGCCAGUGACGGAUGGUUUCUACUAGGGCGAAAAGAGCACAAUAUGGAUGACCUCGAGAAAGCGAUGGACUAUUACAGCCGUGCUGAUGCUGCAAGAGGUGGUCCUGGCAUCGGUCGAGGCUAUACGCCUGCAAAAUUCGGCCAAGUCCAAGUAGCGAUCCGACGGGGACAGGACUUCGAGGUGUCCAAGAGUACUCUUGAGUCCCUGAGCGGUCCAAAGAGCAUCGAAGCUAGCACUUUGUUAGGACUUCUGACGGCGGAACAAUACUUCACACUCCUAAAGACCCUUCCUGCAUUUGCUAGCGAAGGUAGCAAGGAAGCCAAAGACCGCCAGUACGCUCAAAUGCUCUGCAAGCAGGCGAUCAAGCUGCUUGAGAACGUCCGCAAGACCUGGCGGGAAAGCAAGACGGAUGACAGUGCAACGCAGAACUCAAAGAAGGAUGAAACGAUUCUGCUGUACCUGGCAAAGCUGUACGAGCAGGACGAUCCGACUCAGAGUGUCAAGUGUCUUGAUGAGGUCGAGCAACUGCAGUUUGAGAAGAUUCCCGAGGAUGAGCAACCGCCUGCAGAUCUGGACGAUGAUCUGCGUCUACAACAAUUGAGAGAGAACUUGCCUCCGUCAUUGCUCAACAACCGCGCUUGCCUCUAUUAUGGAGCUGGAGACUACAGUGCGGCCCGUGAGAUGUUCCAGAUUGCUCUGAAUGCCUGCAGCAAACUGUCACAGAAGCAGCAGACGGAGAAAGAGAUGGCCGCGGAAGGCAACAUGCACGAGGAUGAUAUCGAUGAUACCGACACCGAUGCAUUGCUCACCACGAUCUCCUACAAUUUGGGGCGUACUUUGGAGGCGCUAGGCCUGAUCGAAGAAGCCCAGAAGACAUACGAGAUGCUGCUUUCUCGUCAUGGAGACUACACUGAGGCCAAGGCUCGUUUGGCAUAUACUGCUUUGGUGACAUCGCCGCGUGAAGAUGGUCCGAAGAAAAUGUCGCAGCUCUACAAUGAGGAGUCUGGCAACAUUGAUGUUCGCGCUCUGAUGGGUUGGUUCUAUCACGGCUCCAAGAAAAAGACUGCAAACGUCGCGGAGGACAACGAGUACCGCCAGUACAAGCACACACUUCAGAACCAUGACAAACACGACCUCUACUCACUUACUGGCAUGGGCAACGUACACCUGGCCAUCGCUCGCGAGAUGCCACGCAAUAAUGAUGCCGAGAAGGAGAAGCGCAGCAAGCAGUACAGCAAAGCGUACGAAUUCUUCGACAAGGUCUUGCAACUUGACCCGAAGAAUGCUUAUGCGGCACAAGGUAUUGCCAUCAUGCUCUGUGAUGACAAGAAGAAUUACUCGGACGCACUCCAAAUAUUUGCCCGCGUCAAAGACACGGUACGCGAUGUUUCUGUCCUCACCAACCUGGGUCACGUCUUCACCGAGCUUCGACAGUAUCCCAAGGCCAUCGAAAACUAUGAGCUCGCACGUGAGAUUGACGAAGCCGCUCGUGGCGAGCAUUCCAAUCCGCAGUUGCUCGCCUGUCUCUCCCGCGCUCACUCAAUGAAGGCCAAGGCUGAUAAGUCGAUUGUCGGGCACAAUGUUUCGCUUGCCUACAUGAAAUCUGCUCUCGCCUCUCAAGCUGAUUCUCCACAUCUACGCUUUAAUGUCGCCUUCAUCCAGUUUCAGAUCGCUCAACUCGUCAACACUGCCAAGGAGACCGAUCGGACGCUUGACGAUGUAGAGGCAGCGAUCGCUGGUCUCGACGCGGCAAUCGAGACUAUGGAGGAUGUUGCGCAGCACAAAAAUCCUCCCUAUCCGCGGACAGCCUUGGAGCAACGUGCGGCCAUGGGUCGCAACACCGUCAAGAAGCAGCUCGAACGUUCCAAGGCAUCACAAGCGGACUAUGAGCGUAACAAUGCUAGCAAGCUCGCGGAAGCCAAGCGCAGACGUGAAGAAGAGCUCGCUCGACGUGAAGCUGCUCUUGCCGCUCAGAAGGAAGAGCAGGAAGAACGCAAGCGAAAGGUGGAAGAAGAGAGAGCAAAAAUGCUGGCUGAGGCGGAGAGAAGAAGUGAGCAAGCUCGCGCCGAGGCUGUGGCGAGAGAAGCGCUAGAGUGGACGGAAGAUGAAGAGACUGGAGAGAGAGUCAAGCGCAGGGAAAAGGAACGCAAAGCACGCAGUGCAAAGUCGAAGAAGAGAAAGGCGCGGGAAGAAGUCGAAGAUGGUUUCAUCGAAGACGACGAAGACGAGGGUCGCAGUGAGCGCACCGUGUCCCGCACGCCUGCUUCGGAUUCCGAGGACGAGGGCGAUGCAGACAAGGCUGAGAAGGAAGAGCGGCCGAAGAAGAAACGACGCCGUCUCGAGCGCAAGGGUGGCCGGAAGGAGAAGGCAGCACCGACGCCAAAGAAGAGUAACAGCAAGUUCAAGUCUGAUGAGCGCAUCGUUGACUCGGAUGAGGAUGAAGUCGCCGCUGCAACGCCGACCAGUGAUGCGGACGAGGACAUGCCUGAUGCCGAUACUCCGCGGAACGGUGCCCGGGCUGACACGCCAGUCAACGGCGCAGCCAAUGAUGACGAGGACGACGAAGUCGUGCAGAAGCCUCGUCCGAAGCAGCGGAAACAACAUCGUCUGAUUGCCGAUGACGACGACGAUGAGGACGAAGAGGGCAAUGCACAUCUGGCAGCAGCUGCAGCGGCGGCUGUUGCGGCGGAUGACGAUGACGAGGAGUAA